AGGUGAAAAGUCUUUUUUAGCAGCCUGUUGUUGGGGCAGCUAGCCCUGCAGGCUAAAGCCCCCUCCCAGCAGCCCCCGGCUCUCCAACGGUCCAACUGCCGAGGCUGGAUGCUGGUAGGAAGGGGAGGAUUACCCCGAGGCGCGGGGGGUGGAGGAGGGAAAAAAACUUUUCUCUCUUUUGUUGCGCUAUUUGUUUUAGAAAAGGGAGGAGAAAAGAAGCUGUGUUAAGAUUUUUUUUUUUUUUGUUCUGCUUUCAGAGUGGCAGGUCUGGACUCCUGUUGAGUCCCAGACGGAAAGUUUAACGGUUAAGAGCAGAAAGCGGCUCUGACCUUCCUCACAUCUGCCGUCAGAAGAAGAGAGAGAGAGGCGGAGGGGGGGGAGAGAGAAAAACAGAUUUGCAUAAAGCAGGGAGAGGAACAAAACGAUGCCGCUCAUGUUGGAGGAAGCCUCCUAGUUUGAACACAGCCUCGGGAUAAAGUGAGAGAAAACCGGUUCUCCCUGGUAGCUAGCUCCCCCGUCUUUGUUUUUUUGAAUGGUGGGCAGUUUUUCCUGCCUGACACAGCGGGUUGUCAAGGAGAAGUUUCAGCUGAAGAACCGACACUCGGCUGAUCGUCACCACUCCUGUACAGAUGGACCUUAGAUAACAGCAGCUGCAGGUCUGCCUUAAUCCUGAAGUCCAUCGUCCAACCAAAAUGGCUGAUCCCACUGGGCUGAGCCCCGAGGGCGGGGGGGCAGGUGUGGCCGAGGUCAACUCCUGUAGUUUGGAAAUUGAGCGAAAAUAUGACAUCAUCCCUACUGUCAUCUGCUCCAUGUGUUGCCUUUUUGGCAUCAUCUACUGUUUCUUUGGUUACCGCUGUUUCAAGGCCGUCAUGUUCCUGUCCGGUCUCAUGUUCGGCUCGGUCAUCAUCUUCCUGCUGUGCCACAAGGAGCACAUUCUGGACACUCAGCUGAGCGUGGAGGCCAGCGCAGGCAUCGGCCUCGGCAUUGGCCUGCUGUGCGGCCUGGUCACCAUGCUGGUGCGAAGCGUCGGCCUCUUCAUGACCGGCCUGCUGCUGGGACUCCUGCUGGCUCUGGCCGGCCUGCUGGUCACUCACCAGUUCUACACGCCCACCACGCUGUGGGUGCCUCUGGGCACACUACUGGGCACCGGCAUGCUGUUCGCCGUGCUGACGCUGCAGUGGCAGAAGGCCUUCACCAUGCUAUCCACGGCCGUGUUCGGAGCCGCCAUCAUGACUGUGUGCGCUGAUUACUUUGUGGAGAUGCUGGCUCUCGCCAAUCACGUGUAUGACUGCUUGCGCCUCAUGCCCGAGCCGGCGCUGUGCUGGUACAGCUGGGUCAUUCUGGGCAUCUGGCCCGCCCUCAGCCUCAUAGGAGUACUGAUCCAGUGGAAGAUGACGGGUGACAGCUUCUCACACACUGAGGUUGUCAUCAGCCGGAGACAGAAGCGGGUUCAGCUGAUGCGGAUUCGAGAGAAGGACACCAAGAAGCGACAGCAGGCAGGUGGGCAGGAAGGCACAUACCGCCGUAAAGCCACCCCAGUGAAACGUUACGCUGGGGAUCUACUGGCACCGAGCUACCUGCAAAGUCUGCGAGAUCGGCAGAUGGGAACAGGUACAUCCCUUAGCAGCCUCGGCACCACCAACCCGACCAUGGUCGACAUGGACUGCGAGACCGGGUCCAUGGUUCCCCUCACGGCCACGACUCCGGUCGUCAGGGUCUGACCCAACGCAGAGCAAAACGGCAGGACUUCCUGCUUCCUGGAGUCAAAGGAGUCUCUCAUCAGGAGACUCCUUUGGUUAGGGGGUCUUCCUCACACAGAGCAGCACAUGCCAACUGCUCUAGUGUCUCUAAUUGCUGUGAAGUAGAUCUGGUAGCGAGGUUUUUUUUUUUUUGUUUGUUUUUUUUGUUUGUUUUGCGGUGAGUCCUGUGUGUCAAACAGAAUGCCACUGAGGGAUAACAAGCAUCAAACUCCGUUUUGAUGGCGUUUAAACCACUAUGACCACUGUGUUUCUCAGAGAAACAGUAUCCAGUCGAUACUAACAGAAAAAGGUCUCCCAUUUCCACUUAUUGUGUAUUUGAUACACGGCAACAACUGGAAGCCUCAGAAACGGACGUGUCUCUGCAUUUAGUGUACUGUACUUCAGAAGUUAGCCAUUACCAUGAAGAGUUUUUAGUAUUACGUGUCUCACAUGCUAGUUGGGUGGUUGUAGGAGUCGAUGAAGUAAUGCGUUUGAUUUUAUGUACUUCUUUUUUUCAUUUUUAGAGAUGCACCAAUCUUUUGUUUUUCUGCUGAUUUGCAAAACGUCUUUUCGGUCUGAGCAGAUUAGUGUCUUAGUUUCUGUAAGACAUGUACUGCAGGUUCCUCAGCAGAUGUUCCAGUUUUGAAUUUAAUAUAACAUAAACAGCAAAAACAUCCCCAUUUAUUCAUCACAACACUUUCCCUAAUAUUUAUCUGAACUAUUCUGGACUCCCUAACCUUUAUCUGAUGUUCAGUGAAAAACACAUCAGGGUACCUGCUGUUGGUUUUGUUUAACUUACAGCAACAUAAUGUAAAUAUUUUCAGGAUUUUUUCCAUUUAACUUGCAAAAAAAAAAAAUUCAUUUCUCAGCAAAACGUGGUGGAUUAAGGGUGAUUGGUCGGCACCUUAAACGGUAAAUAUUUACCAGCCAGAAAAGAGAUUUUACUGGAAAAAAAAAAAUCCUUUUGUGGUGGUAUUUCUUUAUCCAUUUAUUAAAUUGUAAAAGAAAAAAAAAAGCCUCAGUAUUUGAGCUGAUCAAGAAAAAUUGACUGAUUGUGAUCUUUAGAAGAUUUCUAAAUCAUAUUUAGACAUUGAGCAAAAAGUUGGUAUGAUAAAAAAUAUUUUGUUGGAAAUAUUGGACCUUUCCUACGUUUGCAUUCUCUUUUUGAAUUCUGUUGAACAUUUUACUGAAAUAUUAGAAAAUACUGAUCCACAAAGUUUUGAGAAGAUUAAAUCACAUUUUACACAUCAGAAUGUAAAUAAUGUUCUGUUUUAUCUUCAUAUGCGCCAGUGUAUUAGCAUUAAAUUACUGCAUAAACAGCGUUUUCUAUCCAAGAAGGGUUAUUCACUGAAAAAUGAGUGAAAUGGUUCAGAAUUGAUUGGUGCAUCUCUAUUCGUCUUCUGUGUGGAUAAACAGUGAGAUGUGAUGUGAGUUCAUGGCGUCUGGCAAUGUGGAGAAACUGUUCUUCAAUGUUCUCUGCUGGAGCCUCCAGAAUCUGUUUUAGAUCUACCGUUAGAUCUGUUUUCUUUUUUUUUUUUUUUACUUCAUAGCUUUGGUCAGAACACAGUCAGUAAAAGAUGUAUGCUAAUGUUUAUAAACGUAAUUUAUGUGAUAAUCUAGUACCUGGUAGUGUUUUUUAAGAAAAAAAGGACAAAACUGCAUGUUUGAGGCUUUUGUUAUUGCCUUUUUUAUUGUAGGUUGUGUUUAAAGAUUUAAUGUUUCAUUUGUUGUUUUUCAAAAACAGCACACUUGUUGCCUGAAUGUGUAAAUACUUGUUAAUAGUUUUCACAGAUUUUAAUAAAAAACGGUUUUAACUCAGAA